AUGCUACUUGUUCAAUUUGUACUUUUCUCGAUUUUCAUUCAAAUUUCUCAAUCACUAGUUUGCCAUAGUUGCGACAGUUUUCUAUCUUGCAAUGAGCCAUUUCCACAAGAAUGUCCGCCUCAUAGCAAAUGUUAUACACUUUCACAUGGACCAAAGGUUUUGGCAAAAGGUUGUGCUCAUUCGUGUGAUAGUUUAGGAGAAGUUCGAGGUGGUUAUUGUGUAACAUGUCAUCACAAAAACUUUUGUAAUGGUCAGUUUUUUAACGAAGAAUGUUGACCACUUUCAUAAAUUGUGUCUAAAGAGUUCCAAUCGAAAAUAAGGAACAUCUAGUAAUUUUGUGGAAACAAUAAAUGUUAUUGUUUUCUUAUAGAAAUUGCCCAUGGAAUUGGUCAAGGUGUUGUGAUUCGAGAAUCUCCAGGAAUCGGUCAAGGUGUUGGUUAUGACAAUGGAUAUCAUAUUGGAAGAGGUGUCACUUUGUCAGGCGCUAAUAUUUUCAGCUUUUUCAAUUUUGUUUUACUUGGUGUUUUUGGUUAUUUUAUUUGAUUGAAAUACAUGUUUUUGUUGUUUAUGGGUAUAAAUAAAUUAUAAGAAUUUGAAGAAUUUUAAAUGAUUUUUGAAAAAAAAACGUUAGAGAAAGAUACUUUGAUGAAGUUUCAGAUAAAAACGUCUCGACUGAAUUUGUGUAAUAAAUAUUUCAGAAUUUGGAAACAUGUUUAGCGGCCACAAAACUACAAUAAAAGAAUUCCAUUAGAUUCUGAACCAAAACACGAUCUACCAUAAUUUUUUCUAGCCUAUCCUAUAAUUGACCCUCCUACAGAAAUCACAAAAAUCCGUCCUUCAAAAACAUCUUGUUCAAAUUUUCAUUCUCAUUUUCAACGUCACAAACAUGUAUGUAUAUGUCCACAAAAGUGUACGUAUUGUAUUGUCGAAUUCAAUUCAAAUACUUUUCUUUUUCUCUCUCGUCUCUCUUCAUUUUUUCUCUCUUACAGUGCAGUCAAAAUGUCUGCCCAUCUCUCGUGUUUAUGUCAAAGAAUAAAACAAAAAACUGUCAUGAUUUAUUGAGUUUUUCUGUGGAACUUUUUUGAAAUAUUUAUUUCAUUUUAUUUUUAAUUGUGGGCGAUAUCGAGAUGACUCAUAUUAAAUAUGUUUGCUUUAUUUUUUGUGGCUGCAAAAAAGUGUAAAAUUUUUUGAUCGAACAUUUGUUGUAGAUCAACCCGCGAACAUUCCAGUUUAUUUAUUUUUUGUUGAAAAAAAUUUGAAUCAAAAUUUUUCCAAGGUCACUCAUUUUCUUUAAUUAAAAAAAUUAAAACGAAAAAUAAAAAUAAAACUUUUUUAUUGUGUCUCUCUCUCUUUUUCCGCUACGCUUUUCUUUUAUCAAUGACCCGAUUUGAUUUUGCAGCGGGGGAUAAUCCAAACCAAUCCAAACCAGAAUAUUCAAGAAAAAAAACGCGAAAAUGCCGAAAUCAAAACUUCGACGAUUUGGCGAUCAGAAUUAUGAAAAAUUGAAAAAAACGUGCGUGGUGAAGUCUCAUUUAUUUGUUGACACACUUUUUCCACCAACCAAUGAAUCGCUGUUUUUGGAGGAAGGUAGAAGUUCGGAUAUCGUUUGGAAAAGGCCAGCGGUGAGUUUUUUAUUGAGGGGUUUUUGAUGUAAUUUCCGGCGAAUUCCGAGCGCCUGAUAACAAUUUUAUUAUCAGAAACGGUUUAGUAAAACUCCAUGUUAUGACGUCGCAAAACUCUAAAAAAUGAAAAAACUCGUCCCUUAAAAAUUACCCGUUUUUAGGAACUGCAUGAUGACCCCCAUCUUUUCGUCGAAGGUGCCUCCGCAAAUGAUGUAACUCAAGGAAUUUUGGGAAAUUGCUGGUUUGUCUCUGCUUGCUCGGCACUUACACAUAAUCAAUUAUUCUUGGAUCGUGUUAUACCGGACGCAGAAGAACAGGAAUGGUCCGCACAAAAUAAAUAUUGCGGGAUUUUUCGAUUUCGUUUCUGGCGAUUUGGUGAAUGGGUCGAAGUAGUGAUUGAUGAUUUGUUGCCGACGCGAGAAGGAAAAUUGCUUUUCGCCAGAUCCAAAACUCCGAAUGAAUUUUGGUCGGCGUUGCUUGAGAAAGCUUUUGCAAAACUAUACGGAUGUUAUGAGAAUCUUGUCGGCGGUCAUUUAGCCGAUGCACUUCAAGAUGUUUCGGGUGGAGUUGCUGAAACUUUACAUGUGAACAAAUUUUUGAAAGAUGAUCCAAAGGAUAAACAAUUGAAAUUGUUCACCAAUGUGAAAACAGCGUUUGAUGGCGGAGCUUUGGUUGUGGCAGCAAUUGCAGCAAGAACCAAAGAUGAAAUUGAGCAAACAUUGGAUUGUGGAUUGGUAAAAGGACAUGCUUAUGCAGUCAGUGCUGUUUUGAGUUUGGAUUUGGAAAACAAAAGUUUAACGUACGUUGCAAACCAUUUUUUAUUGAUUCAAGGAGCCUCAACAGGCGGUUUUGAUGAUUCUUUUCCUUCUUUUUGUGGCGAAUCGAAUGAUUUUAAUUGAAGUAUAAUUCUGACAGCUAAACCAAUAUCGAUUAGAAAAAUAACGACGCAAAUACCAAAAAGAAUCCACCAAGCGUAAUCGAAUCCGGGUUCAACUUUUGCAAGUUCCACUUUUACAAAUGAUACAUCGCAAGUUUCAAGAGUCGCAUCCCUUGCAGCAGCUUCCAUCAUCAUAAGAUCAUUUAUCCUGAAACGAAAAAAAAACUAUUUUUUUCAAAUUACGUAAAUAGUUAGCGCUUCGCUCCGAGACCCGCUUUGGCUGUUUGCCAGGCAUUAUAAAUCUACUGUAGCAGUGAUGUCAGCUGUGUUCAUCAGUUUUUUGAAUUUUAUGAAAUUCCCAGCUCACGUAUUUUCAAUCUAGGAAAUUUCUGAAUAGAGCUGCAAAAAAACUGCCCGAUGCCCCCCGCUCACACAUUCUUGAUUUGCCCGGGUAGCCCGCACCCGCCUUCUCGUUUACCCGAUUUGCCCGUUUGCUUCUUUUGCCCGUUUUGCCCGCCACACCGUGCAUUCACACGUGUGAAAACAGAAAAACAGUGAGAGAGAGUGCACAAAAACGAGAGAUAGAAAAGAAAAAGAGAAGAAAAUGCACGGUGUGACGGGCAACGGGCAAAUCGGGCAAACAAGAAGACGGGUGCGGGCUACCCGGGCAAAUCGAUCAUAGUGUAUCGAGGGUGUUCGAGCCGGGCCGGGGGGCAAAUUACCCUACUGCCAUGAGCGGCGGGCGGAUUUUUUGCAGCUCUAUUUCUGAAAAAGACUACGGUGGGAAGCCCUACGUGUGUCGUGUAUUUGUGCGUCAGUGUGUUUGCACACAAUUUUCUACGUCGCGCUAAAAUGAAAACUCACGAUGAAAUAUCCGAAUAGGCCGCCUUUACAAAAUUGUCUUCAUAAAACUUGACUUUUGUUUUGAGAAUCCUAAGUUUUUCGAAUUUCACAUAUUUGAGAUUCUUGUUCUCGAUAAAUUUCACCGCAUAAUCGUGACCUGGAUUUCGAAUAAUUUCGAGCCUUGAGAAAUAUUGAAGAGUUUCAAAAGAGUUCUCAAUUAUUUCCAAUCCAGCAUUAAUUUCCUUGAUACUCUCCAGUUUAUCCUUGUAGAUUUCUAGAUCUGAAUUAAAAAUAUGAGUUUGAAAUUGUGAUUUGUAAAGCUAACUAUCUACUCCUCGAAUUAUUAGUGGUGAUCCAUUAAUGAUUGUGCAUUCGAAUUCUAAAUCUUCAAUUUCUUUUCCUUCGCAAGGAUUUGCUCCAACAUUUUGAGUUAUACUGAAUAUUAUGAUUAUCGAUAAGAUUCCGACUAUUUUCAUUUUAUUUUUAUUUCAAAAAUGAUUGAUUUUUCCUCAACAACACACUCACGCGAACAUAACAUAUUUUUUUUUGUUCCAGAUCAUUUCUAACCGGCUCACAUCAACCGCAAUAUUUGAUUCGCCUUCAAAACCCGUGGGGUGAAAAAGAGUGGAAUGGCGCGUGGAGCGAUAACUCAAGCGAAUGGCUAAAUGUGUCUGACAAACAGAAAAAAGAGAUGGGAAUGAGUGUAGAAGAAGAUGGUGAUUUUUGGAUGCCUUGGGAAUCGUUUGUUCAAUAUUUCACCGAUAUUUCGCUUUGCCAAUUGUUCAACACUUCGGCUUUCUCAACACAACCGAGAUAUAAGGAACGAGUGAUUUUCUCGGAAUGGUCUUCGAAUGGAAAGAAGAGUGGAGCACCGGAUGAUCGAGCUGGCGGAUGUUUGAAUUUCCAAGCCACGUUUUGCAAUAACCCGCAAUAUGCAUUUGAUUGUCCUGGCGAAUCUUCAACUUUUAUUUUCGCGCUAACACAAGCAGAUCCUAGUGAGGGAUUGAAAAAGCGCGAACCAUUUGUAACUAUCGGAAUGCAUGUGAUGAGAAUUGAAUCAAAUCGAAAACAUCGAGUACAUCAGGCAAUGACACCAAUCGCCACUUCAGAAUAUGCGAGUGGAAGAAGUGUUUAUAUGCAUUUGGAUGGUUUACCAAAGGGUAGAUAUAUGUUGACACCAACCACUUUUGCGCCAAAAGAAAUUGCCAGAUUUAUGUUGAGAAUUUAUUCGGAUAGGAAUGUUCAAUUUGAGGAAUUAAUCAAGGUAAUUUUAUUCUUCUUUUCUUUUCGAAAAGUGCGGAGACGAGAAAUUAUAUACUUUGAAUGUUCAAAAAAGUGCAAAUUUGGCUCAAAAAAGGGCGUUUUUUCAUGUGAACGCUGAAAAUGUGUUCUUUGAAAAAUGUACUUCUAGACUUUUUUUUCUAAAAAUAUGAACUUUGGCCAUUUUUGAGAAAUUUAUAUAAAAAUCUUUUGGAAUUCAAAUAUUCACAUGUUAAAAAUAAGAAAUCGAAGGUAAACUCUGCUGACAGGUCGUCAGGGUUUUAUUACAUUUCUAGCUCCAUUGUCAAAAACUAGAAUUAUUUUUAGCACGCUCCAAAAGUCGGAUUCAUGAACUGCAAAGCAGCACACAGUGUAACUCGUAUAACUCUUCAUGGUGUGACGAUGAAUAGCUCUGAAGCAGAUAGAUCAAUCUAUGCAAUUCUAUCGGAUUCCGGAAAAUCUUAUAGAACGAAGAAUUUAUCCGGCGAUAAAAUUGUUUGGAAUGAACAAUUUGUUUUUCAUAAGUAUGUGGUUUUUCAGCUAAAAAUAACAUUUUAAUUUUUUAAGAAAAAACAUUAUUUAUAUUUUAGAGCUAAAAAUCGUCAAGAAUACAAGCUGACAAUUUGGGAAGAUCGAACGUUGGCCAAAGAUCGCCAACUUGCACAAACUACAAUUGUGGCUUUAAUCGAUAAUGAGAGUCGAGAUACUGAAGUUAAUUUAUAUAAAGAUAGUAAUGAACAAAUUGUGAUAGGAACUGCUAAAAUAACAGUAUCGGCAUUUGAUGAUCCAAUGUAUUUAUAG